CCUUUGGUUAUAUCGGUAUUUUCUUCCUCUUCCAGGUAUCAUGCUCAAGUUCUUUUUGACAGGCUCUCUCAUCUGAACCCAGUUGCACAUUAUCUUGUCUGUGAAGGCUUAUUUAGGGCUAUAGAGAAGAGCAUCUCUUCUUCUUAUGUUAUUGUUUGCCAAACGCAUCUCCAAAACAUUGGCAGCUCCUUUGCUACUUCUUCAGAUAUCACAGAAUCAGGAAUGACUUCAUUGGUUCCAAUUCCUCGAGUUGAUCUUUCCAGAGAUCUUUUUCAGAUGCUUAAUGCUGCUGGUCCUUAUCUACAUCGUGACACCAUUCUUUUGCAGAAGGUCUGCCGAGUGCUAAAAGCAUUCUAUCUUUCUGCUCAGGAAUCUGCAAGUGUUGCUGGAAAUCUGAUUCCUAUUGUUUCUGUGGAUUUAAGUAGAAAGCAUCCUGGCAUUCGAGCCAAGGAAGCCAGGUUGAGGGUUGAGGAGGCUCUAGGAGCUUGUUUGCUUCCUUCGUUGCAGUUAAUACCUGCAAAUCCAGCAGUAGGUCAGGAGAUAUGGGAAGUUCUUUCUCUACUUCCAUAUGAGGCCCGCUAUCGUCUGUAUGGUGAAUGGGAGAAGGAUGAUGAACGCAUUCCCAUGGUCCUUGCUGCAAGACAGAUUGCAAAGUUGGACACUCGUAGAUUAUUGAAACGGCUUGCCAAAGAAAACUUAAAGCAACUCGGUCGCAUGGUGGCCAAGCUUGCUCAUUCUAAUCCAAUGACCGUUUUACGGACUAUUGUUCACCAGAUCGAGGCAUACAAGGAUAUGGUAACACCGGUUGUAGAUGCUUUCAAAUAUCUAACGCAGUUAGAGUAUGAUAUUCUGGAAUAUGUUGUAAUUGAACGUUUGGCACAAGGUGGGCGUGAGAAGCUAAAAGAUGAUGGACUUAAUUUAUCAGACUGGCUCCAGUCUCUUGCAUGUUUUUGGGGUCACUUGUGCAAGAAGUACCCCUCAAUGGAGUUGAGAGGCCUUUUCCAGUAUCUUGUUAACCAAUUGAAGAAGGGUGUGGGCAUUGAGCUUGUUUUGCUUCAGGAGCUUAUUCAACAAAUGGCAAAUGUUCAGUACACUGAGAACAUGACUGAGGAACAACUUGAUGCUAUGGCAGGAAGUGAAACAUUACGUUUUCAAGCAACUUUAUUUGGUAUGGCUAGGAACAACAAGUUGGAACCUUUUUGUGAGUUUAGGGGUUUGCUGAAAAGGAUCAGAUUCAUGUGGAAUCCAGGUUUUAUUGUUAUCUUAGUUUUUCAAGCAAUUCUGCAUGAAAAAGCUAUGAAAGAACUACAUGCUGACAUAUUUAAGGUGGAACUUAAUGUGCGAUGCUCUUUGAAUUCCUCUGGAGUGCAUAACAUGGAGUUAGGAUGA